GCGCACACUCGAUGUGAUCGAUAAAGUGCGAACGUCCUCGUUCUCAUGCUCGUCCGCACUUGUGAGCACCUGAACCCCGCUUUGCGCGAGCGCUCGCUGCCCGGCUUUCAAUGGUGUCCUCCUGUACCCCCCUCCUCCUCCUCAUCCCCAACCUCCAUCAUCCAUGCGUUCAGCACUCCCACUCCCACCCCCGCCGUCCUAUUCCCAGCACCACCAUCACCAUCGCUACCACCAUCAUUAUUAUUAUCAUCACCACCACGCUCCUCUCGCCGAAAUGAAGUCGGCGGAGUACCCGUGAUCUCGCGUCUCGCGUGUAUCGAGCAGCCGCGUCGAGUGGAGGAGUCGAGCGCGACGCACCACGGCCAUGCGUUUACUGCAGAUGCACAUCGUGGGGUAUCUGGCGGUGAUGCUCUCCCUGCCCGUUUCAUCAGAAAGAAUAACCACAAACAGCCACCCAAGUGCCGUCGCUAUCCCUGGCCGAGCUGGAGGACCGGCUGCUCAAGAGGAUGCUGAAGGACUACCAGAAGUGGGUGCGCCCUGUGGAAAGGCUCAGCGACACGGUGGAGGUCAAGUUUGGCCUCGGCAUUGCCCAGCUGGUGGAUGUGGAUGAAAAAAACCAGCUCAUGACCACAAAUGUCUGGCUGAAGCAGGAGUGGCUGGAUAUUAAUCUCCGAUGGAAUCCUGACGACUACGGCGGGAUUAACUCAAUCCGUGUUCCCGCGAGCUCGAUAUGGCUUCCCGACAUAGUGCUCUACGACAACGCCGACGGCCGCUUCGAAGGCUCCAUCGUCACCAAGGCGGUGGUGAAACACGACGGCCGGAUCAAGUGGACGCCGCCGGCCAUCUACAAGAGCUCGUGCACCAUCGACGUCACCUUCUUCCCCUUCGACCAGCAGAACUGCUCCAUGAAGUUCGGCUCGUGGACGUACGACGGCACCCUCGUCGACCUCAUCAUGGUCAACAGCGACGUGGACCGCGGCGAGUACUUCGACAACGGCGAGUGGGAGUUCCUGAACGCCACGGGCAACAAGGGCGUGCGCCUCGACGGCCACCGCUUCUACCCGUACAUCACGUACUCGUUCGUCAUCCGGCGGCUGCCUCUCUUCUACACACUCUUCCUCAUCGUGCCGUGCCUGGGCCUCUCCUUCCUCACGGUCUUCGUCUUCUACCUGCCCUCCGACGAAGGCGAGAAGAUCUCGCUGUGCACCUCCGUGCUCGUGUCCCUCACCGUCUUCCUGCUGGUCAUCGAGGAAAUCAUCCCGUCCUCGUCCAAGGUGAUUCCGCUCAUCGGCGAGUACCUGCUCUUCAUCAUGAUCUUCGUCACGCUCUCCAUCAUCAUCACGGUGUUCGUCAUCAACGUGCACCACCGCUCGUCGUCCACCCACCACCCGAUGGCACCCUGGGUGCGCCAGCUCUUCCUGCACAAGCUGCCCAAGAUCCUGUGCAUGCGGAGUCACGUCGACCGAUACACGGCGUCGGACGAGGCGGACCACGCCGAUCCGGGCCGCGCGGGAUGCGCCUGCCACGGCGGGGAGUCGCCGCCCAGCGCCUCGGAGCGGCUCAUCCUCACGGCUAUCGACUCGGUGCGCUACAUCACGCGGCACAUCAAGAAGGAGAACGAAGUUCGAGAGGUGGUUGAAGACUGGAAGUUCGUGGCUCAAGUCGUGGACAGGAUAUUGCUGUGGACCUUCUUGUCGGUGUCGGUCUUCGGAUCCAUACUCAUUUUCCUUCCGACAAUCUACGCCUGGCGUAGCUUUGACUUCAUACCGUCAACCGAAAUCCCCUGUCCCUAAAUAAUAAUAAUUAGUAUUAGAUUCACAACCGUCAGAAGACACGUUUUUUUUUGUCUUGCCUUAACUGGAUGGAGAUUUUGUUGGUAACGCGCAAGCACACACACGCAAACGCACGCGGCAUGUUUGGCUGGUCGUUUUAUAUUGUCUCAUUAACCGUUAGCCUAAUGCUAUUUUAUCCGCAACUGUUGUACGCACUGUUGGAUAUUACGGGAACAAAAAACGCAGCUGCGCGAAAGAAGUUACCGUUACGUAGCGAAAACUAGAAAACUAUUUAAUGCAUGCUAUUCUGCAUGAACGUUUCAUGAAUUACCGUAAAAGCACAACUCCUAACGGUGCAGCUUUGUAAAAAAAAAACUUUGCCAUAAUAAGACUUUGCCAAUACGGCAACAUCAGACGCACGGUUCACUGCAGGAGGCAGUCUGUAAUGUUUUAUUAUCAGCCGUUAUCCCUGUGUGUGGUCACCUCUCACCUACCAAAGUAACCUGCAGCACUUAUACACCCUGCCCCCUGUGUGAGCCCCACACGCCACUGGGACCCCACGUGACACCACACGCACACUCCCGUCGACGCGUAUUGCGUUGUAGCCACCGGGUCUGCGAUAGGCAUUUUCACUCUGCACACACGGAUCGUUGUCGCUGUUCCCAGAAUGACUUGUCAAAUAUCUCACACGUCGGAUUCAUCAGAGUGUCCGAACGCAGUUCGAAGACACGUACACAACAACGGGCUAACGAGAUUGGAGCAUCCAGGUGAAAGGAGGCAUGCUGGUUUAGUUAAUUAAUAAAAUAAAAAAGAGACGGAGGCAAAAAAAAGCAGAGGAUAGGAGAACGAUCCCGGAGCCUGGACUUGAAUCGGGGCAGAGAGUUGACGGCACGGAUGGCUGGGGAAGGGAGUUUGAGAUUGCUUGCUCGACAGGGGACAAUGAGCGGCGGUCGACUGAAGUCUUGGGCAGAACGUCGCCGGUUUCUGCAGUGUCGAGUCCGUGGAGACGAGUAGAGUGAGACGAGAGGGGAGAAGUGGGAGAGUGCGUGGAGGGGAGUAGAGUGAGAUGAGAG